CCGGCCGGGAUUUCGGUCCGCUACAUUCGUGGGUUGGGUGGGGAGCAUAACCCCGCGGGGUGGAGUGACCCGCUCUUUCUCCGCCUGAAAAGCUUACCGCGGGAGUUUUAGUCGUGUUCUUGUUGGGGAAGGGAAUGUCAAAUUCUGCUCCUGCCUUUCCCCGCGGGCUGGAGACAGGAAUCUUUAUUGCAAUUCAGUGCAGGGCGACGUGGUCUCCAGAAUCGCGGAGUGCGGAGGCGGAGGACAGUGGAGCUAGGGACUUGGGCUCCUGGGUCCUGGCCCCUGAGCGUCCAGCGCUCCCCUAGUCCGUGGCCCUGGCUCCUGUCCUCACUUCCUUCCCCUUUUGGCUCCUGCUCUCGGAGCGGGCGGACGCGGGGGGGAGCGGAAAGGGCGGGAGGCCUAGGAGCCCGGCGGGGGGGUUUCGAGGGGUACGGAAAAGCCGGGGAGGGGACUCGGUCCGGGUCCGGAGACCGACAGCAACAGCGGCCCAGGACCCACGCUGCCCCCACCCCUCCCGAGCAGGCGCCCCCAUGGCCCGACCCCGCUGAUUCCUUCACUCGGCCAUGCUCCCGCGGCCCCUGCGGCUGCUUUUGGACACGAGCCCCCCCGGGGGAGUCGUACUGAGCAGCUUCCGAAGCCGGGACCCCGAAGAGGGUGGGGGCCCGGGUGGCCGGGUCGUGGGCGGGGGGCAGGAGGAAGAGGAGGAGGAAGAAGAAGAAGAGGUGAGACGCAGGUGGUGGGAGGCCCCUGUGUCAGUCUGGGAUGAGGAGGAGGAUGGUGCCGUGUUUACCGUCACAAGCCGCCAAUAUCGGCCUGUUGAUCCCUUGGUCCCUAUGCCUCCCCCGCGUUCUUCCCGACGGCUCCGAGCUGGCACUCUGGAGGCCCUGGUCAGAUACCUACUGGAUAGCCGGACAUCAGGGACUGACGUGACCUUCAUGUCAGCCUUCCUGGCCACCCACCGGGCCUUCACCUCCACGCCUGCCCUGCUAGGGCUUAUGGCUGACAGGCUGGAAGCCCUUGAAUCUCAUCCUCCCGAUGAACUAGAGAGGACAACAGAGGUAGCCAUCUCUGUACUGUCAACUUGGCUGGCCUCUCACCCUGAGGAUUUUGGCUCUGAGGCCAAGGGUCAGCUUGACCGCCUUGAGAGCUUCUUACUUCAGACAGGGUAUGCAGCAGGGAAGGGUGUUGGGGGGGGCAGCGCUGACCUCAUCCGCAACCUCCGGUCCCGGGUGGACCCCCAGGCCCCCGACCUUCCUAAGUCCCUGGCCCUCCCCGGCGAUCCCCCUGCUGACCCCACGGAUGUCCUGGUGUUCCUCGCUGACCACUUGGCCGAACAGCUGACCCUGCUAGAUGCGGAGCUGUUUCUCAAUUUGAUCCCCUCUCAGUGCCUGGGAGGCCUGUGGGGUCACAGAGACCGGCCAGGACAUUCUCACCUCUGCCCAUCUGUCCGAGCUACUAUCACACAGUUCAACAAGGUGGCAGGGGCAGUGGUUAGUUCUGUCCUGGGGGCCACCGCCACUGGAGAGGGGCCUGGGGAGGUGACCAUACGGCCACUCCGUCCCCCACAGAGGGCCCGGCUCCUGGAGAAGUGGAUCCGUGUGGCAGAGGAGUGCCGGCUGCUCCGAAACUUCUCUUCAGUGUAUGCUGUGGUGUCCGCCCUGCAGUCCAGCCCCAUCCACAGGCUUCGGGCAGCCUGGGGGGAAGCAACCAGAGACAGCCUCCGAGUCUUUUCCAGCCUCUGUCAGAUUUUCUCUGAGAAGGAUAAUUAUUCCCAGAGCCGGGAGCUGCUCGUGCAGGAGGUGAAGCUGCAGUCUCCUCUGGAGCCACAUUCCAAGAAGGCCCCGAGGUCUGGCUCUCGGGGUGGGGGUGUGGUCCCAUACCUUGGUACCUUCCUGAAGGACCUUGUGAUGCUGGAUGCAGCCUCCAAGGAUGAGCUGGAGAAUGGAUACAUCAAUUUUGACAAGCGGAGGAAGGAGUUUGCAGUCCUUUCUGAGUUGCGACGGCUCCAGAAUGAAUGUCGUGGCUAUAACCUCCAACCUGACCAUGAUAUCCAGCGGUGGCUACAGGGGCUCCGGCCACUUACAGAAGCUCAAAGCCAUCGUGUGUCCUGUGAGGUGGAGCCACCUGGUUCCAGUGACCCUCCUGCCCCACGGGUGCUUCGGCCAACGCUGGUCAUCUCGCAGUGGACAGAGGUUCUGGGCUCUGUUGGAGUCCCUACCCCGCUUGUGUCCUGCGACCGGUCCAGUAUAGGGGGAGACGAGGUGCCUGCAACUCCUGCUCCCCUGCUGACUCGGCUGGCCCAGCACAUGAAGUGGCCAUCUGUCUCGUCACUAGACUCUGCCCUGGAAAGCAGUCCAUCCCUGCACAGUUCGGCUGACCCCAGCCACCUCUCCCCGCCAGCCUCCUCCCCUAGGCCUUCUCGAGGUCACCGCCGCUCAGCCUCCUGUGGCUCCCCGCUGAGUGGGGGUGCAGAAGGGGCCUCGGGGGGGACUGGAUAUGGGGGAGGGGGAUCUGGGCCAGUGGGAUCUGGGCCAGGGGCCUCUGAUUGCCGAAUCAUCCGAGUCCAGAUGGAGCUGGGGGAAGAUGGCAGUGUCUAUAAGAGCAUUUUGGUGACAAGCCAGGACAAGGCUCCAAGUGUCGUCAGUCGUGUCCUUAAGAAAAACAAUCGUGACUCUGCAGUGGCUUCAGAGUAUGAGCUGGUACAACUGCUACCAGGGGAGCGAGAGCUGACUAUCCCAGCCUCGGCUAACGUAUUCUAUGCCAUGGAUGGAGCUUCACAUGAUUUCCUCCUGCGGCAGCGGCGAAGGUCCUCUACUGCUAUACCUGGCACCAGUGGCCCAUCUGCCUCAGGGACUCCUCCAAGUGAGGGAGGAGGGGGCUCCUUUCCCAGGAUCAAGGCCACAGGGAGGAAGAUUGCACGGGCACUGUUCUGAGGAGGAAGCCUCACUGGCUUACAGAAGUCAUGGUGUUCAUACCAGAUGUGGGUAGCCAUCCUGAAUGGUGGCUGUUGUUUCACAAUGAGACAGAAAUUCAGAAAGGUGGCCAGCCACCCUGGGGCAGUGAAGUGCCACUGGUUUACCAGACAGCUGAGAAAUCCAGCCCUGUGGGAACUGGUAAUUUUAUAACCAACUUGGAUACCUGUGUAUAGCUUCCCAUCUUCCACCAGCACAGCACACAGGUAGUGUUGGAAAAAGGCAUCAGUUUCUGAUUCUUGGCCAUAUCCUAAUGUGAAGGGCCAAGCAAACGCCUCAAGGCUCUGAGCCCCAGGCAGAUGGGGAUGGCAAAAAGUAGGUCCUUGCAGGAGUUCCUCUUCCCACUCUGGGGUUUCUAUCACUGUGACAACACUAAGAUAAUAAACCAAAACACUACCUGAAUUCUA